CUUCAUUUAUAAUUUAUUUGUAGUUCAGUCACACUUAAUUGUUUUAUACAAGAAGUUUAUAAAAGGCUUAUUUUUCAUUCAAGUAGACGCAAGCUCAAAAUUAUUAAACUUUAGUUAAGAGAACGUGGAUUUUCCAAAUUAUACCAAUACCUUUCUAGGAAACGCGAAUAUGAUGCACAUCCUUCGAACUUACUUCCCCAAAUGGUGUCGCCCACGAGCAGAUCGUCAUUCGCAAUUUAACAUUUUGCGGCAUCUGCAGACGAACAAUCCAAAUACCGCAUUGGAGGCCACUAAGCAGAGUGAGCAAGUACUUCCAAAAUGCAGAUUUAUGCAGUAUCGCCGGGAAAAUGAGCAUAUCAAGAGAUUGGGAAUGGUUUCCGAGGAUGGCAGCAAGAUGGUGGAGCUAUCGAGUCUCACCUGUGCCGCUCCCAACAUGAUGGACUUCAUCAACCAGAGAUAUUGUAUGGACAGUCUGCUGGACAGUGUGCACUUUAUGAAUGUCGAGGAAGUGGAUGAUGUGAAUCUCCACCUCCUGCCGCCCAUCGAUUCGCCGGGAAAGAUCAUCGGCGUCGAUUGCAACUAUAGGGAUAGCUGUGACGAACAGCACAUCUCCAUUCCAAAGAAACCCAGCUUUCAUGUCAAGUUCGCCACAUCGAUCACUGGGGCUCUGGAUAACAUAAAGGCUCACAGUUCGGUAAAACGCAUCGAUUAUGGUUGCCAAUUGGCCGUGGUCAUGGGCAAAAAGUGCCGGGAAGUCUCCCCCAAGGAGGCACUGAAUCACGUCUUCGGAUUCAUGGUGGUUCAGGACAUUGUUGCCCGGGAUUGGAAUACCCUGUUUGGUGGUCACUCGAUGGACACUUUCUUGCCUUUGGGUCCUACGAUUGUGCAUAGGUGCCAUGUGCCUGACAUAAACAAUUUGUGGAUCAAGACGAUCGUCAACGGGGAGGAACGCCAGACGGGAAACACUAGAAAUAUGAUAUUCAAGGUCGACUUCCUCAUCCACCGCCUGUCCCAAUACCUAACUCUCUGUCCGGGCGAUAUUAUACUCACGGGAACGCCUGCCGGAGUGGGUGCCUAUCGCCAACCGUCGAGCUUUUUGAAGCCCGGCGAUCUCAUCGAGAGCGAAAUUCAAAAUUUAGGCAAACUGUGCAAUAAUGUCGUAAAUCCUUAUUCCUAACUAAUGUAGUUUUCUUAAAACGUAUUUCAUAUUAAUUAAAGGAAUCUCGAUAUCUUGAAUAUACUUAAAAAAUUCGAGAAAUAUUAACAUUAAA